AGCCCAGGAGCUCUGCAGAGAAUGGAGCCAGAGAAUAGCACUGUGAGGACGGAGUUCCUUCUCCUGGGAUUUAGUGACCGUCCAGAGCUUCAGAGCGCUCUUUUUGCCGUGUCUUUUUCCGUCUACUCUGCUACCCUGAUGGGGAACCUGGGGCUGAUUCUACUCAUCACAACCAGUCCCCACCUGCACACCCCUAUGUACUUUUUUCUCCACAUAUUGUCUUUCAUAGAUGCAUGCUACUCCUCGGUCAUUGCCCCCAGGUUACUGGUGGACUUGGUUUCCAACAAGAAGACAAUUUCUUACAAUGGCUGUGCGGCACAGUUAUAUUUUUUCUGCUGUUUGGUUGACACGGAAUCUUUCCUCUUGGCCGCCAUGGCUUAUGACCGGUACAUAGCGAUAUGCAACCCGCUGCUCUAUACUGUUGUUAUGUCCAAAAGGGUUUGCUGCCGGCUUGCAAUUGGGGCUUUUUUGGGGGGUACCGUGAGCUCCAUUAUUCACACCACUAAUACCUUUCAUCUGUCUUUCUGCUCCAAGGAAAUUAACCAUUUCUUUUGUGACAUCUCCCCGCUCUUCUCUCUGGCCUGCACUGACACUUACGUCCACGACAUUGUCCUGGUGCUCUUUGCUAGUCUGGUGGAAGCUCUCUGCCUUCUAACAGUUCUUCUCUCGUAUGUAUGCAUCAUGGCAGCUAUUCUUAAAACAGGUUCUGCCGGGGGAAGGAAAAAAGGGUUCUCCACCUGUGCUUCGCAUCUGACUGUGGUCACGAUCUACCACGGUACCCUGAUCUUCAUUUACUUGCGCCCCAGUACUGGUCAUUCACUGAGUAUUGACAAAGUGACCUCUGUGUUUUAUACAUUGAUCAUACCUAUGCUGAACCCCCUAAUUUACAGUCUAAGGAACAAAGAUGUAAAAAAUGCCUUUAGGAAAAUGAUUGGCAGAAAAUUGCUUUCUUAA